AGUGAUCUCCAAUUUUUCAUGCAGUCGCAAUUUGUCACUUGAACUCAAGCCAAGUGUAUCUAUUAAUCUCAAUUAAAAUAAACUACUUUAUCCCUAAAUACGUCGUCAUGGAGACGGUUAAUAAAGCUGACAAGGCUGCUUUGUUAUUGGACGAAAUUAAACUCAAGAUAAAAGAAAAUGAAAUAAUUUCCGCGUACAGCGAUUUACUGGAUGACCACUUAUUGCUGGGAUUUCUAAACGGGAAGAAGCUUAGAUUGGAUGAAACGGUGAAAUGUUUGGAGCAUUUUAUUAAAAUGAGGACCGGCAAGUAUAAACAAUUUACGAAAAAGUUCCGCCCCUCGACCGCAACCAUGGUGGAUAAAGGAAUUGUCAACAUUUUAAAAGAGAAGGAUCCCAAGGGCAGAGUUGUGGUGCUGUUCCAAGCCAGUCCAUGGAUUCCGUCCGAGGCAUCGCUAGAGGACUGCAUCGCAACCGCGAUGUUUUUCAUGGAUGAGGCGAUUCGCAGCGUUUUCUCGGAGGGGAAUGAAUUGGUGUGUAUCGUAGAUUGUAAGGGGUUUGGAUUCAAUCAAGGGAGACAUUUCACGCCUAGGAUUAUUUUACUAGCUGUGGAACUCUUCAUGCGAAGUUGCCCCAGCAGACCGAAGGCGUUUCACAUCGUGAAUGAAGGGUACGUGAUAAAUGGUCUGCUUCGACUGCUGAGGACACAACUCGAUAAGAAAUUGCAAGAUCGGUUUCACUUCCAUUCUUCGGACUAUGAAGGGUUGCAUGAACACGUGCCGGCAUCCCUGCUUCCUGCCUCCCUCGGGGGUGAGGUCCUCUCACUGGAGGAAGCGUGUGAUGAGGUCAUCAUUCCCAGGAUCUUACAGAGAGAUGAUUUCUACAAGAAACUGGCCAGGAAGGUGUCAUUAAGUUAAGGAAGGAAACGGUUAGAUAUGGAAACUAUAUAUGUAUAUUAAUUUUUUAUCGAUUUAAGACCGGAUAUGUAAAGAUGUAAAUGUAUUGCUUACAUACUAAUUAAAAUCGGAAUAAAAAUACGCUGUGGGGUUUAUCAAGUAAAA